AUGGCCAAAACAAUAGUUAAUGGUGACUUCAGGGAACCUCUCACAUCCUCUACCGCUCAUAAACUAUUCCACACAACCUCUACCGACAUCCAUCGCGGCAUUUCCACGUUAUUCGAUCCUUCUACUUCACUAUCAGACGAUGAACUGGAAUCCGACUUGUUCAGACUCAACCUUGCAAUUGCAUGUCUUCAUGGAUUCGUUCAAGCGAACUGGACAGGCCCGGAUCUAAAUGUGCAACCUUUGGACGUCUUACAGCUCGAAUUCAUCACAGAAGAGGCCCUUAAUCAACAAGCUGUUGCCGAACUUGCAUACGGUGGUGAACCGGCUUAUCAUCUCGCUCGUGCCGCAACUUUCCUCAGGUUGGCACAAAUUCUCCUCGACGUUCCCUACAAACGUUGUCAGUCUGUCGUUUGGUGGCAACUACGAACACAUUUGGUUCAUCAAGAGGUUUUGGACGAGCCUGUUUCACUGCCGGAAGCUACCCUUCGCGUGUUCGAACAAUGGCAGAGCGCGUGCCCUAAAAACGAUAGUGCGGAGCUUGCGGGGAGAAUCAUAUUGGAGAAUGGGUUGCUUUAUCACAUCUUUAGACAGGAUAGAGCUGCUGCUGAGCACUUUGUUUGCGCAGCUCGGGCCACUGGGCUUGAGUAUGAACUGACCGGUGCUCUUGGGAAGCGGACCAAGUUCCAACAGAAGGAUUUAUCACAGCUCGUUCUGUUGGCUGAAGGAUGUUUACCGGAGGACAGAAUCAAUUCUUCUGAAUCCCCCACUACUCAAACCGAGAACGCUGUAGUCCCCGAAAACCUCGCGCUGAACGAUGACACACUUCUCGAACAGACAGAGUUCACGUCCUCUUCACUGCACUCCUCUCGUACUGACCGUCUCAAACAUUUAGACCCGUCUAACCAACCCCCUCUUCACCCUCUUGACCAAUGUAUCCUCCUCUCACUUUGUCUAAAUGUCAAAAACACCUCUCCUUCACACGGACUCACUUCUGAACAAAUGUCACCUUUUAUCUCUCGAGUCAUCACACACCCACGGAAUUGGUCAAUCCACACGAUGGCUCUUCUUCUUCGUUCCCGCCUCGAAUCCACACGCACGCGUACAGUCGAACGUUCAACAUUACAGCUGCAAGCCCUCGUUAACCAGAUACCGACCACCAUGGAAGCUGAUGGCACCAAUUCAGCUCCUGUCUUAGAACGUUUACGUUAUUUCCAUUCCAUUCCAUUACCUUCUCGAUGGGAAAUGGAGCGAGAACUCGCAUCACGAUACAUUAGUCUCGGUAUCAUCAGGUCAGCGUUGGAGAUCUAUGAGAGGUUGGAAAUGUGGGAAGAGGUGGUCAAGUGUCAUGUAUCACUUGAAAGGUCCGACAGAGGUAUUGCAAUAGUUGAAGAGCUAUUGGAAGGAAGCAAGGUUGAGGCCGAGACCGUACUUACUCGAGGCAAAGCAGGCACUUCCGACCCCGACAAACGCAGGAGAGUGCUCGAUACAACUCGUGAAGCUAAAUUGUGGUGUAUACUCGGGGAUUUACAACCCGAAAAGGCGGUCGAACACUACAGUCGUGCUUGGGAGGUUUCUAACCAGACGUCUGGGCGUGCGAUGCGCUCGUUGGGAGGGUACUACUUUGCUCGCAACGAAUUCCCUCAGGCAAGGGAUUGUUUGAGGAAGGCUGUGAAAAUCAAUACUUUGUUGUCAAGAUCUUGGUUCAUUUUAGGCUGCACUUGUAUGAGGUUAGAGGACUGGGAGGGUGCAAAAGAGGCGUUUUCUCGGUGUGUGUCGAUAGAUGAAGACGACGGGGAGAGUUGGAGUAAUUUAGCCAGUAUAUAUCUUCGAAUGGGGGACAAAAAGGACACCGGUGAAGACUCACUCCAGUCGACCUCCCAUACAAAUAAGAUGCUCGCAUUCCGUGCACUAAAAGAGGGUCUCAAACACAGUUACGAAAAUUGGAGGAUGUGGUCCAAUUACAUGCUUAUCGCAGUUGAUGUAGGGGAGCUGGCAGAAGCAACUCGUGCCCUUGGUCGGGUAGUUCAAGAGACCAGCAACAAAGGUACUGCGGUCGUUGACGAGGACGUUCUUGACAGACUGGUCAACGCCGUUACACGGGCCCCAUCCAACCCUGAUGAAGCUGUCGACACAUCUGCUGACGAUUCAAAUGCUGGGGAUGCAAAGCUCAUUCUUAACCCCAACGAGGGUCGUGGACUUUUGCCGCGAGUAUUGGACUUGUUUGAUAAAGUCAUUCUCCCACACGUAUCUUCUGCAAGAGUGUUCCGUGCAUAUGCGCGGUUGAUGACAUGGCAAGAGAAAUGGGAUGGUGCGUUGAAGGCGUGGAUGGAUGCUUAUCGAGAGAGUAACGCGGGGAAGAUUGCAAGAGGUGAGCUAAGCGUGGUGGAUGGUGCUGCGAGGGAUAUAUGGAUAGAGGGUGUUGGGGAAGUUGAGGAAAUCGUCGAUGUCCUAACGAACCUGGGGCCUCGAACGGAUUCAGGUUCUGGUACGGGGAAGAAAUGGCGCCUUCAGGCGAGAACUAUUGUCAAGAGUUUCAUGACUAGGACGAGGGACAGUUUCGAAGAUGAUUCUGAGUGGAAUAGGUUGGAAAAUGUUUCGGAGGAGCUGAAGCAGGUGGGAUCGGACUAG